AUGUAAGAUAUAGGUAAAGGAGACCUAAAUUUUGGUUUGAAAAUAAACUUAAGGGAUUGUGAAAUUGGUGAGUAUUUUACAGUCGUAGGAAAAUGUAUCUAAUGUGAGCAGAGCUUUUCAUUGGUAAAAAUGAUAGAACCUGGAAGUUGCGAUAUCUGUCCAACUGAAAAAGCAAUAUGUAAUGGAGGAGCUAAAAUAGGGCCACUGCCCGGAUUUUGGAGAAGUAGUAAUUAAUCCUAGAAUUUUAUGCUAUGUCUUCUUGAAUAAGCUUGUUUAGGAAUGAUUCCUCCUUUAAAUAAUCCCUUAGGUGAAUGUCUAUUGGGAUAUUAAGGAAUACUUUGUGCGGAUUGCUAAAGAGGCUAUUCAAGAGAUGGUGAUUAUAAGUGUUCAUUGUGUCCUAAUCGUGGGUUGAAUAUAUUAAGGUUAAUCGCUUUAUUUAUUGGUGCAGUAACUUUAGUUGUUUUUAUGAUUAGAUAAACAUUAAAAGGCGCAAAAGACAUGAACAAUGUUACAAGUAUUUACUUGAAGAUACUUCUAAAUCAUUUUUAGCUACUUUUAAUGACUACCUCAUUUGAUUUCUAAUGGUCAUAACAAAUAUUCUCCUUCUUCUCUACUUCUAAAUAAUUAGCAACACAAUCAACUUAGAUAUUGAGCUUUGAUUGUUUCCUAGAUACAAGAGAAGGAAACUAAAGCUCACAAAAUAGCAAAAUGUUUUACUAAAAAUUAAUUAUAAUAGCAUUAUUACCUUUCUUACUUGCAAUUGCAUGCACAUUAAUUUGGUACAUUUACAAGCAAAUUAUGAGGAAUUAAGUUUUGAUUGCCUCGAAAAUAAUGUCAAGUUUAGUGAUAAUACUCUUUCUAGUACAUCCAAGCUUGGUUACUUUUUCAUUUAAUGCUUUUAAAUGCAAAGAGAUAGAUGAAUAGGAAAGAGUUUAAGUUGAUUUAGAAAUUCUUUGCUGGUCCUAAGAACAUACCUUCUAUAGUUGUCUGGUUGCUUUACCUUGUAUUAUUGUUUGGGGACUUGGUAUUCCAUUCUUUGCUUUAUCUAUAUUAAUAAAAAUGAGAAAGAAGCUAGAAAACUUUUAAAUCAAAUAAAAAUAUGGGUUCUUAUACAGAGGAUAUAGAAAAUAAUACUAUUAUUGGGAAAUUGUAAUUAUGUAUAGGAAAAUUUUCAUUAUUUUUACUGUCGUUUUCAUUAGCAACUUUGGAAUAAUAGCAUAAGCUUUGAUUGUUUUCCUUUUCCUGAUUGUAUUUCUACUAAUCAACCUCAAGAAGAAGCCUUUCAAUACAAUUGCCCUGAAUGAUUUGGAGACACUAUCUCUUAUAACCUAAAUAACAACAAUUUACUGUGGCCUAUUCUUCAUUCUAAAUAAACCUAGAGAGUGGAUUUAAUAAAAUCCUGAUUUUUCUAGAGGUUCAGUUUAUUUAUCAGAAUCAUUUUAAAGGCUAUUUUUUGCUUUUAUUCUACUCUCAAAUUUGUUCUUCUUUAUAUACUGGGCUUUGAAAAUGUAUUAAGAAGGCAGAGCAAAGUUAAGAAAUAAUUUGACUAAGCUUUAUUUAGCUAUAUGUCUAUGCAACAAUCACUCCAAACUAGAAAAAGAGUUUAAAGUUCAUAAAAUUGAUUCAUAAAACAAGAUUUACCAAUAACAAUUGAAAGAUCAAUUCAAAUUGUUAAAUAAUUUAAUAAUAGAUGGAUAAUACAUACUAAACAAAGCUAAUAUGGAAAGAUUAAUGAUUCAUCUUUAAAAAGAAUAGAUUUUGAAGCUAAUUAAAACAUGA